GCUGAGAUUCCUUAGUCCGGAGUGAAUCCGGAGCCACGCCUGCAGUGGCGAGGCGCCGCUCCAAGGGGAGUCCGGAGCGAGGGCAGCAGAUAUCUGAAGACUGCUAUCAUAUCUCUCCUUCAUCUUCUCUUCUCCAGGCAAAAGGUUUACGACUCCUGGACUAGUUAUAUCCCAAAGGCCACACGACGACUCCAAAUCAGGGAUGAGAUGGAACUCGAAUCCAGAUCUCUUUUAUUAAGGCCAUUUGCAUUUUGCCGCCUCUCGAAUCAUUUCAUCUCAAAUCAAAGCGGCGUUGGCACAGUGACCUCCUGACCUGCCUCGGGGGAUCCCUUCCCUAGGAAUUAUCCCCACUUUCAUCCUAACGACAACCCUGCGAGGUGGAUUAGCCUGAGAAGGAGCGACCAUCCCAGCAGGUUCGUCCUGUCCUGAUUGGCAGCCACUGGAGGACCGAAUCGCAGAACAUGGCUCAGCCCACGCACCUGGACCGAAAUCUCCCAGAUUUGGGCGGCCCUUUCUUGUACCGGGACCAAGACCAGGGUGGCGAGAACGCCCCCUACUCCUUGGAGACCCCCUACGGCUUCCAGUUGGAUCUGGAUUUCCUCAAGUACGUCGAAGACAUCGAGAAGGGCCAAACCCUGCGGAAACUGACCCGGCAUCGCAAGGCCAAGGGCCCAAAGCUGGGCUCCCUGAGCUCCUCCCGUGGCCAAACCGGUGGCUGGACGUCCACCGAGUCCCUUUCGUCGACCACCAGCGAGGACGGGAAACCCACCUUCUCCCCGCGGCCCAGGCUGUGGGCCGGGUCCUCGGAUAUCAAGGAGCCCGCCUGCAAACCAGGCUCGCUCCCCACGUCCCCGGCUCCCACGAUCCAACUUCUGCCUCCUCCCCUUCCCAAAUCGCUGGUCCGAAACACCCGGGUGGAGAAAACCUUGCUGGAGACUAGUAAGAGGCUGGAGCGAGAACAGUGGGAGCUAAUGGCCGGCGGAACCUCUCCGGCCCCUGAGAUGCCCGCUAGCCCUUCGAAGACCCAUGCAUUCGCCCCAUAUUGCUUCUCCGGCUGGGGGGACAACCAAGCUGGACCCAGCUUGCCUCCAGCGGGCUCCGUAAAGAUCAGCCCCUCCAACUCGGGAAGGAGUACCCCUGCUACGGCGCUCAGCCCAGCGCACCUCCAUCACGUCCGCGAGCAGAUGGCGGCCGCCCUCCGCCGCCUGAAGGAGUUGGAAGAGCAAGUGAAGACCAUCCCGGUUCUGGAGGGGACAAUUUGCAGGUUGGAGAAGGAGAAGGAAGAGCUGGUGGCCGGCUUGUGGGAGAAACUGGAGUCCGAAGCAGGCGAGGCCCCCGAAGUCUUCCACUUCCCCCCGAAAUCUCCCAACACGGGGCCCACCAGAACGAUGGGAGCGGAAGGGUCUCAGAGCGGCCGCACCACCGACGUCGAGGCGUCCCAAGGGAGGCUGAGUAAAAUUGCAGAGUUAAAGAAACUGACAGAGAAACUGUCCGGUUCGGAUAGAGCCACGAAGGCCGGGCGGGGAGCGGCCCGCCCGGGAAAAGGCGACGAGCCCACGCGGCGAUCCGUGGGCACCGGGGAAGAGGUGGACAUGCAGGAGGUGGUGUUCUACUACCGGAGCCAACGGCCGCACCGAGAGGUGGGCGUCGGGCGAGAGACGGAGACCAGGGACGCGGAGGUGUGGGUCAUGGAGUCCUUGCUCGGGGUUUCGUCCGAGGCGGAGAAGGAGAUACAGUUGCUCCAGCAAACUGCCCAGCAUCACAGGGAGGUCAUUGCCAUGUUGGAGGGACACCUGAAAGAGGCCACGGACGAGCUGGAGGAGCUGAGAGUGGAGGUGUGCUCACGGAUGCCCCGGAACCUGGUCAGCAAAGAGACCACGGCCCGGCCGGAGACAGUGGAAGCGUGUGUGGAAGCCGUGCCGGACGUGCGCAGCCGGGCCGUGGGAGGCCACGUCGAAACGGCCGAGAAGAGCGUCCACUGCUCGCCGCACGUGGCGGGGGUCGGGGUGGGCUGUGACCUGCCACGGGAAGACCUCGCGUCCGUCUGCCGUGGAGACAAAGCCACGCAGGUCGAUCUGGAGAAGGGACGCGAAGCCCCCAGGACGGAAGUUGACUCCGUCGCUGCCGAACCGGGCCACGGCACGGAAGAUGCCAACGUGGGAAAGCCGGAAGGCUCUAAGGAACCGUCUCUGCAGGUGGAGGUUUCGGAAUUCGACCCGGAAUCACGUUUGCUCCCGCAGCCCACGAGGAAGGACGUGAUCGUCUUGGAGAGGGAGUCCGAAAAGGGCGCCACGGGGGUCGCCGGAACCCUCAAAUCAAUCAUGAAGAAGCAGGACGGCCCGGCCAAGUUGGAAACGGGAAGCAGACGGAAGACCCUGCAGUUUGUGGGAGUACUGAAUGGCGAGUACGAGAGCACCUCUAGUGAGGAGGAAGAGGAGGAGGAGGAGGAAGAGGAGGGGUCCCCUGGGAAAGGAUCCCCUCGCAGCUCUGACAGCGAUGUGGCCGGCAGCACAGACGUCUCCGACGAGGACUCGGCCGCCCACCUGGAUCGCAGCGCCCCCGAUCUGGAGAGCCCCAUUCCGGGCAAUGCAAAGCCGGGCCCUGAUCCAGAGGAAGCGGAAGAUACAGAGUGCCCCGGAGUGGCUGCUUCAGAAGUGAAAGAGAAGUUUGAGCUGAGUCACUGGAUGAGGGAUGCUUGCCUAGUGGUGAGGAGCCAGCUUGGGCGUGGCGGGGGACCGGCCUCCAAGAGCAAAGAAGUGCUCUCCAGCACCGGCCUGGUCCUUCAGGAGUGGUUCCGGGUGUCCAGCCAGAAGGCCUCGCUGGCCAACGAGGUGGCCGACCACCUCCUGGCCUUCGGCGAGCUCUCGCCGGCCCUGCUGGCCCACGUCGUCAACCUCUCCGACGGCAACGGCAACACGGCACUGCACUACAGCGUCUCCCAUUCCAACUUUGACAUCGUCCGGCUUCUCCUGGACACGGAGGUCUGCAACGUUAACCACCAGAAUAAAGCCGGCUACACGGCCCUCAUGUUGGCCGCAUUGGCAGCUGUGGAGCAAGAGGAUGGCAUGGCCGUGGUCCGGAGACUCUUCGGCCUGGGAAACGUCAACGCAAAAGCCAGCCAAGCCGGCCAGACGGCGUUGAUGCUAGCUGUGAGCCACGGGCGGCAGGAGAUGGUGGAGGCCCUGCUGGCGUGCGGGGCGGACAUCAACCUUCAGGACGAGGAGGGCUCUACAGCACUCAUGUGCGCCUGUGAGCACGGGCGGACGGGCACCGUGCGGCUGCUCCUGUCUCAGCCAGCCUGCAACGUCUCCGUCGUCGAUCACGACGGCAACGACGCCGUUUCCAUUGCGCUAGAGGCCGGCCAUCGAGACAUUGCGGCGUUGAUAUCCACCCACCUCACCCAAUCCAUGGCGUGCAUCCCAGAGGCCAACGGAAAGACCCCCAGCAGGGACAAGAGGCCGCUCUAGGGUGCGGAGACUACCUGGCCAGAACGUCGUUCUACCCGAGAGCAAGCACCGCCGUUCCCAUCAGACCGUCUUUACGCCAACCCUUCUGAGUGCAGGAUACCGGAGAAAAGAGGGCGGCUCCGAUUCCAGGGCUGCGUAGU